CGGAAGUAUAACCACCCACAACAAAGAUGGAGGACGAUAUCUCAGAUUUGAGCAGACCACAAAUGUACUUGUUUGGUUGUACCCUCAAAUCGGACAAACGGGAGUUCAAAAUUGACGUAGACGACGAUGAUACGGAGCAACAGCUGUCACUCAAAGCAGUGUGUCUGGGAGCCGAGGCGGAGGACAAGUUCCACAUGGUGGAAAUCGAGGGCCUCACUUAUGAUGGGAAAUCUACCAAAGUGCCGCUGGUUGUCCUGAAACCGUCCGUCCUGCCGUCUAUGAGUUUAGGUGGGUUUGAGAUCACACCUCCAGUUACCUUCCGUCUGCAGUCUGGCUCUGGACCGGUUCACAUCAGCGGGCAGCAUUUUGUCAGCGUGAAGGAUUCAGACGAUGAAGAGGAGAACAACAGCUCACCGGUGAAGCGGCCAGCGAGCCUGAUGUCGGGGAAGAAGCCUCCAUUGAAGAAACUAAAGAUGGAUUCUGACGACGAUGAAGAGGACAGUGACGAUGAUGAUGACGAUGAUGAAGAUGACUUAAGUGAUGAAAAUGAUGUGAAGCCUCAGAAGAAUGCCGGAAAAGAGCUCAAAAAAUUUCCGGCUAAGAAGCCCAACAAGACUCCGGUGAAACAAAACGGCCCCGCCGGAAAACCGUCAGGGUCAGCAGCCAAACCACAGAUUAAGACACCUGCCCCAGGAAGAGACAAACCCCAGGCCGGCCUGUCUAAAUCUCCGUCUCUGACACACUCUGAGAUUAAGAGCAAGUUGUCAACGGCAGCCAAAGAGGGAAAACCACUACCGAAGACCGAGCAGAAGUUUGAGAAUUACGUGAGGAGUUCUUUCAAAAUCUCAGACAAAAAAGUGGUGAAGGACCUUUGGGGUUUUGUACAAACACUGAAGAUUGAGAAGAAGUAACAAACCUUGUACGUUUUGCGUCCUGCAAGACAUUUAAAGGCACAGUCAGCGAGAUUUCCUACUAUCUUUGAGUGAACAGGAGGGCCGAGUGCUGAAAAAUGGGUAAAGCCAUUGCUGAUGCAGGUGUCAUUGUUUUGUUGUUGUUGUUUUUUUAGAUGCGAAGCACCUCCUGGAGCUUGUUCGUAACCCACUCACAAAGUCGCUCGUUCCCGUUUAGCAGAGUUUUCCACCAGGGGGAUGCUGUCCACCUUCAUCGCAUGCCAGUCUGCACCACCUACAGGGCAGCGAGGUGAUUGCACCAACAAUUAGGACCCGCAGAUCCUUCUGGUACAGAAAUAGCUGCUGCAAUCUUAACACUGCGCCACCUGCAGGCAAUAAAUGUCGCACCUGCAGAUUUUUUAUAGCUGUAGUAACUUAACAGAUAUGUAAAUUGUCAACAAAACAAGUAUUCAGAGCAAAGGACAGACCAGAAAGAGUCAAGUCUUUUUUUCAUCAGUAUCUUUUUUUGACCACAUUUCAAAUCUUACACACGAUGUAAAAUAAACAUCCUCAAGCAUCAGCUGUAAAAACGAACUGCUGGUGGAGUAGCCGUCAUAUUACAGAAGACGCUCCUCUCCUUGCCGGUGGAAGGUGAGAUCGGCACGCCGACACCUUCAGAUAUAUAGUCGCCGCAUGCUCAGCAGUUUGAUGAUAUUGUCCGAGCCUGGUUUCAGGUGCUUCGCAUCCCACGACACUGUGUGUCCUUAGUCAGCAAUGCAAUAGGAGAUAUUGCAGAAUGUGCCUUUAAAUAUCUCUACUGUAAACUGAGAUGAAUCAGAGACCCCGUUUUUUUUGGUGAAUUUGAGCAGAAUAUACAAGGACGGUCAAGACAGCUGAUGUCGAUAUGUUUUUCCUCCAAAGUGUUGCGUUCUUAUUUUAGGUUCCAUCUGGCUCCACUCAGCAUUUUUUAGCUUGCGAAAAAAAACCGCUCACAGAUUGUAGUAUGAAUUUGUCUGGCAUAAUUCUCUAUACAUGCUGCACAGGAAUUCAUCAGAGUAAGUCGAGCUGUUGAUGAAACAUUUCAUCUAGAAACGGUUACAUCCAUAUAUACGUACGUACUGUCACACGUCUUCUCCAGUCAAUCUAUUGAGUUUUAUCAUAUUUUUACUGGAGACACACCCAACAGUGUUAUUUGUCUUUUUCUUCUUUUGUUUAUUUUAAUCUUUAACACUCUUUCAGACGUGACAAACCUGCUGACUCAACUUAUUUCGGAUGGUAUUUCUGCGCAGCGUGAAUUCAUAUCAAACCCGUUAACGUCUGUGAAAACUUUGAGUUUUUAUUACAGUGAUUACAAAAUCUGUAGCAAAAACAAUUAUCACAAGAGCAGUACGGAAAAACAUUCUGAAGAAUAUUAUGAGCUCUAUAAAACCAACACAGCUGGCCCGACUAAAACGUGUUCGUUUUAAAGUAACGUACAGUGCAUACAAAAAGUUCAAAACAAAGCAAAGAGAUUGUUAACUAGCUCCUGGAGUGUGUUGUGACAUUAACACCGUUUUUAAAUGUGUUUCAAUGCACUCUAAUGCCCGAAAAGCUGGUUUCAAGACUAUGAACACAGAACAUCUUAUUUAAACAUAAUCAUAAGGUGUAUGCCAGAAGAUCACGUCACCUUUACAGAAACCCCAUAAAGAGCUCAACCCCAUAACUGUUAGCACUCUUGUAUAUCAGUGCUCUGAUGACAAUAAGCAUACAAUGGCUCUGUGCUUAUGUGUUUACGAUCGCGUAUCCGGUCCUGAUUCUGUAUUUAUGAGCCUUUUAUGAGCCGAAUGUUGGCUGUUAGACGCCAUCUUUAACCAAUCAAAUUGCUCGGUUCAGCCCUCCUGUCGUCUGCAAAGGAUAGUUUAAAUUAUUUGGCUCUAAACUUAACUUCUUCAACUACUUCAGGUUUUUAAAGUCACCGUGAUAAUUCACCUAAAUAUUACAUUUGUAAUAUCUUUAUUGUCCUUUUUGUAGCGAGGUUUCCGUAGGAGCAGGAGGCCGACUCCAGGAUUUAUUUUUGAGUCCUUUAAUAGUGAGUUUUUUUUUAAUCUUAUGCUUCCCUUGUAUCAAACUUAAUGUACUUUUUUUUUCUGUUGGCGAGUCUCUUGCUUUUAUUUCAUAGUACGGCAGCUGAACUAUAUUUGUACGUGUACGCUUAAUCCGCCCUCGCUAACAGCUGGUUCUGCAGCUCUGUUAUCGUGAUUUUUGUUUGAAGUGUUGUGUUCUAGUUUGGUAUAGAAGUGUUUAAUGAGUAUAAACCCCCUUUUUCAAAUGUUCAAAAUACCGUCCUGUUUUUGAUAACUCUUGAUUUUAGUCCCACUGUUUGUCCUUCUUUUGAUUGUGUCAUUUUGAAGGCAGUACCUAAAUAUGUUCAUGUGGGGAAAAAUCAAAACAUUGAGAUCUUUGUUGAUAACCUGAUGUGUGUUUAGGGCUCGUUGGUUUUAGUCAUUUCAUAAAAAUGUGGUUGGAAUUUGGCUUUUAAGUAAGUGUCUACUGUAGUAUCAGACUAAAGAAGUUCUGUUUGGAUCCA